GAUGAGCAAUUGAGCAGUGCAGAGUCAGUGCCCUCUAUCUUUGUUUCUCUCUCGACCUUCCCUACCUUUCAACUCUCAGAGUCAAAACAGACAUAUUCCCACUUCAAUCUUGUGACUUCAGUUCAAAACUUCCCUUUUCUUGGUAUAUCAUUCUGGGGGUAGAGCUGCGUUUUGGAUUUUAAAAAAGGAGAUGCUCUGAUUCCUUAUUGGCUCCUCUUGUUCAAAGUGCUCUGUUUCUAUCCAGUUUUGAGGAUUGUUGAGUGUUUAGAGGCUACUUAAAACGAGUUGAAGCAGAUAAAGUUCGAGGCCUUUGGGGCUUUAAUAGUCGAAAAAUGGCUGGUCGUAGAAGAAAGAGGCCUAACUUUAGCAGAAUCCAUGCCUUUUCAUGUGGGAAAGCGUCGUUCAUUGGGGAGCAUUCACUGAUUGGAGGGCCUGGGUUUUCAAGAAUAGUAUAUUGCAACGAUCCAGAACGAGCUGAGGCUAGUCUUAUCAAUUAUGGUGAUAACUACGUCAGAACAACCAAGUACACUUUGGUUUCGUUUCUUCCCAAGUCAUUGUUUGAGCAAUUUAGAAGAGUUGCCAAUUUCUUUUUCCUCUUAUCUGCAAUCCUGGCUUUCUUCCCUGUCACUCCUUGGGAGUCACCUUUCAGCUCCAUUUUUCCUCUUACGUUUGUGGUUGCUCUUACAAUGGGGAAAGAGAUUAUUGAGGAUUGGAGGAGGAGGAAGCAGGAUAUUGAGAUGAAUAACAGAAAGGUUAAAGUACAUCGUGGAGGAGGUUUUGAUUCUGCAAAAUGGAGGGAUCUAAAAGUUGGGGACGUAGUAAAGGUUGAGAAAGAUGAAUUCUUUCCCGCUGAUCUCAUCUUACUUUCAUCAAGCUACGAUGAUGCAAUUUGCUAUGUGGAGACCACGAAUCUUGAUGGAGAAACAAACCUUAAACUGAAACAAGCAUCGGAAGAAACUUCAAAAUUGCAAGAAGACUCAAGCUUUCAAAAUUUCAAGGCCACUAUCGCAUGUGAAGAUCCAAAUGCAAAUUUGUACUCGUUUAUAGGAUCUAUGGAGCUGGAGGGUCAACAGUACCCUCUCACACCUCAGCAACUUUUGCUUAGGGACUCUAAGCUGAGGAACACGGAUUUUAUUUAUGGUGUGGUAAUCUUUACCGGUCACGAUACAAAGGUUGUGCAGAACUCAACAGAGCCUCCUUCAAAGAGAAGCAACAUUGAAAGACGGAUGGACAAUAUUGUCUACCUCUUAUUCGGUUUAUUGUUCAUGAUUUCUUUUGUUGGGUCUGUUUUCUUUGGGAUUUAUACAAGUGAAGACAUUGAAAACGGUAAAAUGACAAGAUGGUACCUUAGACCAGAUGAUACUUCGAUUUUUUAUGAUCCUAAUAGAGCAGCAGUUGCAGCAAUGUUGCAUUUCUUAACUUUCCUUAUGUUGUAUGGUUACUUCAUUCCCAUUUCCCUGUAUGUGUCAAUAGAAAUUGUGAAAAUUCUUCAGAGCUUUUUCAUCAACCAGGACUUGCACAUGUAUUAUGAGGAAACUGACAAGCCAGCACGUGCUCGUACCUCAAAUUUGAACGAAGAACUUGGCCAAGUUCAUACCAUACUUUCUGACAAAACAGGAACUUUGACUUGUAACUCCAUGGAAUUUAUCAAAUGUUCCAUUGCUGGGGUUGCUUAUGGACAAGGUGUUACAGAAGUCGAGAGAGCUCUAGCAAGAAGGAAAGGGUCACCGCGAGAACAAGUGUCAGUAGAAAAAGAUGACAAUGUUGCACAGAUUGCUGUAGCAAAGCCACCUGUUAAAGGGUUUAACUUUCUAGAUGAAAGGAUCAUGAAUGGGAAUUGGGUUAACGAGCCUCAUGCGAAAGUAAUCCAAAACUUCUUAAGAUUGCUGGCUGUAUGCCAUACUGCAAUACCUGAAGUUGAUGAAGAAACUGGUAAAGUUUCAUAUGAAGCUGAAUCACCGGAUGAGGCAGCAUUUGUGAUUGCUGCUAGAGAACUUGGGUUUGAGUUCUAUGAAAGGACACAGACGACCAUUUUACUGCAUGAGUUUGAUCCUCUAUCUGGCAGGAAGGUUGAAAGAUCCUACAAACUUCUAAACGUAAUAGAGUUUAGCAGUGCAAGAAAGCGGAUGUCUGUAAUUGUAAGAGAUGAGGACGGGAAUCUGCUGUUACUUUCCAAAGGAGCUGACAGUGUCAUGUUUGAAAGACUUUCAAAGAAUGGAAGAGAGUUUGAAGAGAAAACUCGGGAGCACAUUAAUGAGUAUGCUGAUGCUGGUCUGAGGACAUUGAUACUUGCGUAUCGUGAACUUGAUGAGGAAGAGUACAACCGAUUUAACAGAGAAUUCACGGAGGCCAAGAGCAUAGUGAGUGCAGAUCGAGAGCAGAUUGUAGAAGAAAUAGCAGAACAGAUUGAGAAGGAUUUAAUUCUUCUUGGGGCUACUGCCGUUGAAGACAAACUUCAAAAUGGGGUUCCAGAAUGCAUCGACAAGCUUGCACAGGCUGGAAUUAAGCUCUGGGUUUUGACUGGUGAUAAAAUGGAGACAGCAAUCAAUAUUGGAUUUGCUUGUAGCUUACUAAGGCAAGGAAUGAAACAAAUUAUAAUUAGUUCCGAAACUCCAGAAAUCAAAUCACUGGAGAAAUUGGAGGACAAGUCUGCUGCUGCUGAGGCAAUCAAGGCAAGUGUUCUUCAUCAGAUACAGGAGGGGAAGGCGUCAUUAUCUACAUCAGAUGAAAAUCCCGAGGCAUUUGCUCUGAUCAUUGAUGGGAAGUCUCUCACUUAUGCAUUGGAAGAUGAUGUGAAGGACUCGUUUCUUGAACUUGCCAUUGGCUGUGCAUCUGUCAUAUGCUGUCGUUCAUCUCCCAAACAGAAAGCACUUGUUACGAGGCUAGUUAAGACUAAAACUGCUAGGACAACUCUAGCAAUUGGUGAUGGAGCAAAUGAUGUUGGGAUGCUCCAAGAAGCUGACAUUGGAAUUGGUAUCAGUGGUGCUGAGGGAAUGCAGGCUGUUAUGUCAAGUGACAUUGCCAUUGCCCAAUUUCGGUUCUUAGAGCGCUUACUUCUUGUGCAUGGACAUUGGUGUUACAGAAGGAUCUCAUCCAUGGUCUGUUACUUCUUCUACAAGAACAUUACUUUUGGCUUCACCCUCUUCUUCUUUGAGAUAUAUGCAUCAUUCUCCGGACAACCAGUAUAUAAUGAUUGGUAUUUAUCACUGUAUAACGUACUCUUCACGUCACUUCCGGUGAUCGCCUUAGGUGUGCUUGACCAAGAUGUCUCUGCAGAAUUCUGUCUCAAGUUUCCAUUGUUAUACCAAGAAGGCGUGCAAAAUAGCCUGUUCAGAUGGACCAGGAUACUCAGUUGGCAAUUCAACGGUUUGCUAAGUGCCACUCUGAUAUUCUUCCUCUGCAUCAGUGCACUGGAAAGUCAAGCCUUCCGAAAAAGCGGCGAAGUUGUCGGGCUAGAAAUCCUUGGAGCCGCCAUUUACACUUGUGUAGUGUGGGUGGUGAAUUGCCAAAUGGCAGUAUCAAUCAAUUACUUCACUUUCAUACACCAUAUUUUCAUCUGGGGUAGCAUUCUUUUCUGGUAUUUAUUCCUUCUUGCCUAUGGAGCCAUGGAUCCUACCAUAUCUACCACUGCUUAUAAGGUCUUCAUUGAAGCUUGUGCGCCUGCCCCUUCCUACUGGCUCGUCACUUUGCUUGUUGUUGUUGCAUGCCUCAUUCCAUAUUUCGCCUGUGCUUCGAUAAAGAUGAGGUUUUUCCCUUCAUACCAUCAAAUGAUACAUUGGAUCAAUAAGGAUGGCCGAGUAAAUGAUCCAGAAUAUUGUAGUGUGGUACGGUCUAGAUCUAUACGCCACACGACCGUGGGCUUCACAGCUCGGUUUGAGGCAUCUAAACGGUUUGAAGAUAACUCUGAGAGCAUCCCUUAAUGGGCAUUUUUAUUAACUUUGCUUUGUAUACCCCCCCCCCCCCCCAACAUUGAGCCAAUUGUAUAUAUUUAAGGUAGAGAUGGGUCUUCCAGUUCUCUGCUAGGAAGACAGCGAAAUGAAGCAAUGUAGGAUCUGGAGGUUUUUUGUUCUUCCGAAGAUCUUGAUUUCUUAAAGCUACACUUGGCGUGGAAUAAGUUUGACUACUUGGAGAUUAGAUGCAAGGCAAUGGUCAGUAGUGUAUGAAUA